AUGGGGCCGGACCAAGUGGUCGCGUAUGCGAACAAGAUACUGCUCGCCUACGUGGAUCUGAUUCACCGCGCUCUCGGCGGAGCCUAUCCAAUCGUCCAGGACAUGCUCUCAGACGCCAUGAUGCGCCUGCUAACUGGGGGGCUCAUGAGUCCCGAGCAGAUAGCGGAUCUGGGCCAAGAUAUGUGCGAGAAGGCCGAGAGGGAGAACCGACACCAGAACGAGUACUAUUUCAACCUGAGAUUGCACAUGGCCAACGCACGCCUUUUGAUGGGAGACAAGGACGCCACAAAGCUGCAACGAGGAUAUCAGGGACCCCAGAAUUCUGGUGGGCGUGAACAGAACGAUGGCCAGAUUGCACGAGAGCGAGGGUGCAAUGUCCGAGGCCAUCGAGUGCCUUAUGAGGUCUAUCGUGUUGACACGAGAUUGACGGAGAACAAGGACCCCAUCUUGUGA